UUGAAGAUCAUUAAUGUUGUGAAAAUUCUAGACGAGAGUUUAGAUUGAUUGUCCAACUUCUAUAGAAACAAACAAGUUUCUUCAUCCUACGGUUGCCACUCACCCAUAUCCGCCAUUUCUUCUUAUGCUAUAAACAUCACCUAAGUAUACAUACAAUGUCAAACAAUGGCCAAUCUUAUCGCUAUCAAGCUGCAACAGCAAUUACCAGCUGUUUCCUGUUUUUAUCCUGCUUUAUCUUCUACUUUCUCUGCACUUAAUUCCACUUUCAACCUUUCAAGAACGUUGACGAAAGGGUUGUACAAGUGCCAUACAGCACCUCGUCGGAUGGUACUAGGCCUGGGGGUUUCAUUAGGGUUCCAGUUUAUUAGCAUGGACGGUGCUUUACACAGCACAUCUUUCAUCGCCUCUGCUAGACAGAAGAAUCCUUCCUCUGUUGAGCAGGCAUUGACCAAUGUUGACUGGCCGGAGCAGUUUCCCUUCAAGGAAGAGGAUUUCCAGCGGUUUGAUGAGUCACCAGAUUCAUUGUUCUAUGAGGCUCCAAGAUUUGUGACGCAUAUAGAUGAUCUUGCUAUUGCUGCACUAACUAAGUAUUAUUCAAAGGUUUUUCCUCCAACUAAUACUCCAGGAGUAAGCAUCCUUGAUAUGUGCAGCAGUUGGGUCAGCCAUUUUCCAGCUGGAUACAAGCAGGAAAGGGUAGUGGGCUUAGGAAUGAACGAAGAUGAGCUCAAGCGAAAUCCAGUUCUCACAGAGUAUGUUGUGCAAGAUUUAAACCUGAACCCCAAACUCCCAUUUGAGGAUAACUCCUUCGACGUUAUCACUAAUGUGGUCAGUGUUGAUUACCUGACAAAGCCAAUUGAUGUUUUCAAGGAGAUGUGCCGAAUCCUUAAGCCAGGUGGACUGGCUCUAAUGAGCUUUUCCAACCGUUGCUUUUGGACUAAAGCAAUCUCCAUAUGGACAUCAACUGGGGAUGCUGAUCAUGCAUUAAUUGUUGGAUCAUAUUUUCAUUAUGCUGGAGGAUUUGAACCUCCUCAGGCUGUAGAUAUAUCUCCCAACCCAGGACGCUCAGAUCCUAUGUACAUUGUCUACUCUAGAAAGCUAUCUGCCGCUUGAGAGACAAAGAUGUAUUUAGUUAUCUUUCUUUUUCUUGUUAUUUCGGUAAUGAGUUCUCAAUCUUCGUUCUUGUUGGCCUAUGAUAUGAAUAUACCUGACUUCUUGUUGCGAUCCUAUCAAUUUAUUUGAAAAAUGAAAUCAGGGUCAAUAUUUUUGGUUGUACCAAAUAAAAAAAAAAAAUACAUAUUUGUAGAUCUUGAGACAAUUUCGGAUCUUGAAACAUGUA